AUGGAAAAAGCCGCGGCGCCGACAACGGGAGCCUGCAGACCGAGGCGCGGGGAGGAGACAGGCUCGGCAGAGGUGGUGAGCUCGCUCCCGCCGGGGCCAAGCCAAGCGCUCGAGCUCGGCCGCGCACGCGCAGCCUCCUUCCCGCCGCUCCCGCCGUCUCCGGGGGGGGCUUCUCUCCGCCCGGCUCAGGGGUGUCCGCGGCGGCGCCGGAUCUGGCGAAAGCGGUCCCGGGAGGACAGGCCGCCCCUGGCCCUGCCUUCCCCGUUCGUGUGGUCGAGGCCAGAAGGAGGGGCGCGUGCGGAGCGCCGCAGAGCGGGUGGCCGUGGCUCCGAGGAGAAGCCCCCGCCGCGUCUGGGCCUGCAGGCAGUGCGGGAGGCGCUCACGCGCGGGGUCCUCUCUCGCAGCCGGCCCUGA